CUAUCCUUCACAUGUAACCUUGUUGUUUGCUCAAACAUCGACCCCCUUUCCCUGCGUCUUUCCUUUGGAUGAGUCUUACCAUGUCUCGUUCUCCUCUUUCCUUAGUUUUCAUCAUCUCCCUCCAGAUUCACUUCCUGGUUCCAGCUUCCGGCGACUUCCUGCAGUACCAAGAGUGCGCUCCUUUUGAUUGCGGAGAUCAACAAAUCAGCUAUCCUUUGAGGCAUAAUAAGCAACAAAGAUACUGUGGGUAUCCAGGCUUCGAGCUCGGCUAUGACGGAGAUAACCUGACCCUGUCCAUGGUGUCCCAGGAAUAUCGGGUGAUCCACAUUAAUAGGAGCACGCAGAUCCUUGUGGUAGUGAGGAUGGAUUUAUUGGAAGAUUUAUGUCUUCAAACAUAUGUUAACACCACUUUAAACUUCAGUCUCUUCAACUACGCUUUCACUGACCUCAAUUCUGCCUUAUUCUACAAUUGCAACUCCUCGUCAACCCCUCGACCUUAUCGAUUCUCUUGUCCCACAUCUGGAGAUGGCUACUUUGCUCCCAAUGUGGACCUUGCAAACCCACUACCCAAGCUAUGCAACUUCAGUGUCCUUGUCCCGACUUCAAGUGAAGCUCAACCUCUAACACCACCACCUCCGGAGGGUGGCAGCCACAGUGCUACUAUUAGUGAGGUCCCGAGCAAAGGCUUUGAGAUCACCUGGAUUGCCGACACAUCGCAGUGCGAAAAUUGCAAUAAAUCGGGGGGAAGAUGCGGGUAUGACUGGACAAGGCAAGAAUUUAAUUGUUUUUGCCCUGAUGGAGCCUAUUUUACGAGCUGCCCGCCAGUACCGGGAAGCAUCCCUUCGGGUUUGUAUGCUUAUUCUCACCUAAUAUGUGGUUUUCAUUUAGCUAAAGUUGUUGAAUGAGAGGGAUUGCUGGGCAUACCCUUCCCUUCGCUUGUUAAUUGGAAAACGAAUGGCUCAUGCCCCUAAAGUCUAACAAUCUCGUUUUUCUGGGCAUACACUUCCUCUUAUGAAGUGCAGCCAUCCUCGUGAUGACAUACAUGAUCAUGUUACAGUAUAGACUCCAAGUUUUAAAACUUUAUCAUCCCAUCCUCUGCAACCUUCCUUGCCUUAAUUGUUGGAUCAUUAGGUCAGUAUUUGCAACUCACAAGAUCCAAUAGUUUAAAUACAUUGAGGGGAGAAUGACACAAAUGGUCUUCAAACUUUGGUCUAAUGUGCAAUAUCAUCCCGAAACUUUUAAUUUUGUUCAAUGUUAUCUUUGAACCGUUAGUAGAUGUUCAAUCUAGUCCCUAAACUAUAUGAAAAUGUUCAAUGCCAUCCUUUCAUUAAUUCAAAUUAAUGUAAUCUGCUGACGUGGCUUCCAAUAUGUUAAGCUUGAAUAGUGGACCAAAAAAAAAAAGUUACACAUUGAUUGUCUAAGUAAGAUGUUCAUCUCAUGAUGUGCCCUGAUCUUUAUAUCUCUUAGACACUUUGAAAUCAUCUGUUUGCAAUUCGUUGACACAUUUUUCACUUUUGAUGACUACUGUCUCAGGAAAACGAAAGGUUGGACUGAAAAUCGGAAUAGGUAAUUAUUUCAAGACUCACUCUUCCAUUUCUCUAUAUUUUCUCUGCAAUUAGUUCCGACUCUUUGACAGAAAGCUUGUAUCAGUGCUCAACGGAAUCAAUGUUUGCAAUAAAAUCUUAGAAGCCUUGAUAAAAUGAUGAAGUGAGAUUGCUGC